AUGACAAAGCGCAAACAACAUUCCGAUCCUGUGCUGAUCUUGGUUGCACAAUAUAGUUUACCUUCGGAGGAAGAUCCCAAGAUUGCCAAAGAAGUCAUUUUGAAUCAUCUCAAUACUUUUCAUUACAUAUCAAAAGGGUUAAAACUCGAUAGGGACAUGUGUGAAUUUGUGUUUCAACUCGUGUCUAACAAGAUGCAAAGUCAAGAACCCUCUGAAAUUGAAUUCAUUCAACACGAAUUCCUUCCCAAGAUGAACAUUACCACCAAAUAUUUUCUGCAAUUAUUACUGAAACACUAUCCAAUGCUUUUUGAGUAUUUACCAUCCAAGUUCAAAUCGGAUUACAUGUUGGCAUUACAAGCGGUGAAACGCAAUGCAAGCAUGAUUCGAUUUGUUAGCAAAAAAACUCGCUGUUAUUACAAGUUGAUGGUAGAAGCAUUCUCGACCGAUUUCUAUGUGGCCCAAAACAUGGAACUAGGUUGGGGAGUUGAGAAAUUUAUGAAACCAUUUGCUGCAAAAGAAUCUCUUCUCAUGAAAAAGAAACUCUUCAGCUGCAUUUCUAAAGAGAAUGCAUUUUCAGAUAUUUCAAUUUCCUCUUUGGAUGAGAAGGAAAUUUAUGAUUUUCACUUUUACUACAUGAAUCAAUAA